ACAAAAGAAAAUUUUUUAAACAAAAAUAUCUAAAAUUUAUUUUUCUAAAAGCUAAAUAAUUUACAAAAAGUUAUUACAAAAAUAUCUGUAAAUGGUAGAGUGUUCUCUGUGCUCCUUCAUGAACUGUAUAUUUCGUAUAAUCUACAAUGGCCUAGUCGCGGCCAUGGAUUAUCCCAUAGUUAUAUUUCUAUUUAGUGUUUUACUAGCUGUGGCAAUAAUAUGCAAUGUUCAUACGGCGAAAUUAAUUUGUGACUUAAGUAAUGUAACUGCUAGAAGAUUUGGUCUGAGUUCAACACCGGGAUGUUCUGAAAAUACCAUAUGUUCGCUAAGAAAUAGUGUGGAUUAUGGCGUGGAAAGAGGUCCUCAUACUUGGACUUGUGCGGGUGAAAAUCAAUCGCCCAUAAAUAUUAGAGAUAAUUAUACACAGAAAUUUCCCAUACGCGAACUCUUAACUUGGAAUCAUUAUGAUGAUUUGCCCUGUAGUGUUAUGUUGGAGAACACUGGUCAUACGGUUAUUGUACGAGCAACUUAUUCGGGUAAUACACCCACUUUAAGUGGUGCUGAUCUUUUGGCCAGUUAUACCUUUGUGCAAAUUUGUUUCCGUUGGAGUCUGUUGAACAGCAAGGGCUCCGAGCAUAUGAUUAACUAUCAAAAAUUUCCUUUAGAAUUGCAAGCCAUGCAUCGUACUGGACCGAAUGUAGAUUGUGUCUCUAGUUAUGAUUUACUAAUGGUGGCCUAUUUUUAUGAGAUCUCUGGUCACAAUCCUUAUUUGGAUCCCCUUAUACAAAAUCUUCAUCGCAUUCAAAAAGCUGGCUCAAAAAUUGUUAUUCCACCAUUUCCUCUGUCAUAUUUGUGUCAUCCAUUUCGUUCUGGUUUUUAUAGUUAUGGCGGUUCUAUAACCGAACCUCCUUGCUAUCAGGGCUGUGAGUGGUUUAUAUUUCCCGAACCUUUGGCCAUUAGUGAACGACAACUAAAUGAAUUUCGCCAAAUCUUGAGUUUAAAUGAUAAAACUCGUAUUGUUCGCAAUGCUCGUCCAGUGCAGAAUAUUAAUAGUUCUCGUGUGGUUAAUUUUAACGUAUAUAAUCCAUUAGAUAUGAGUAGUGUGUCAAAAUUGUCGGUGGAUUCAAUACCUUCCGAAGAGUCUAUAUUGGAUUAAUCUUAAUCAUAAUUUUUAUAUUUUUAUAAACAUUAUUAUAGAGGUUUAUAUAUUAUCUUUGUAUAUUUUUAUUGUCCAAAACUAUUUGUAUUUUUUAUCUUUUCUUUCGAAUUUAAUUUAAAAGGCAUUGGAUAAUAAAAUUAUACACUUUUUUUUUGUUGAGUACAAAGGUCUUUUAUUAUAUUUGUGCAAUUUUAUGAUGAUAAAAAUAAAUAAAUUUUACACA